GGGAUUCUCUGCCUUACUUGAACACACAUAGACCACCCAGGGAGUUGCUUCUAGAAUCUACUGAGAACCUCGAAGAUGCCUAACUGGGGUGGAGGAGCAAGCUGUGGGGCUUGUGGAAAAACAGUCUAUCAUGCGGAGGAAAUCCAAUGCAAUGGGAGAAGUUUCCACAAGACUUGCUUCCACUGCAUGGCUUGCAGGAAAUCUCUGGACAGUACAACAGUAGCAGCUCAUGAAUCUGAGAUCUAUUGUAAAUCAUGCUACGGGAGGAAAUACGGCCCCAAAGGAAUUGGAUUUGGACAAGGUGCUGGCUGCCUUAGCACUGAUACUGGUGAACAUCUUGGAUUGCAAUUCCAACAGUCCCCCAAGACAGCUCGGUCAACUACCAGCAACCCUUCCAAAUUUACCCCCAAGUUUGGUGAGGUGGAGAAAUGCCCUCGCUGUGGCAAAUCAGUCUAUGCUGCUGAAAGAAUAAUGGGUGGUGGCAAACCAUGGCACAAGACUUGUUUCCGCUGCGCCAUCUGUGGAAAAAGCUUAGAAUCUACAAAUGUCACUGACAAAGAUGGAGAACUUUAUUGCAAAGUUUGCUAUGCCAAAAAUUUUGGCCCCACAGGGAUUGGGUUUGGAGGUCACACAAAACAAGUGGAGAGGAAAGAGUGA